AUGCGUACUGCACCGUGCAGUCUGCACGACAUGGCCAAGAAACUGAAGCAGCCGGUCUGCGAGGUCCCGGCAGCCGAGGAACCCUACGAGCAGUUACGUCAUGUGGAUGACGAACCACCGAUUGACGGUGGAUUAGCAGCGGCUGCUGUGCGAAACGUAUAUGCCGAAAGAUACU